AUGCUUUUAGUGCACUAUGAGAAUGGCAAAAUUGUACACGACUGGCAAGGACAACUUCGCACUCACAAUAGCAUCUUCCAGGCGGAAGUACUGGGAAUUACGGCAGCAGUGCAACAUCUCAUAGAUUACCAGAUCCCACGAGCAAAUAUCUAUACCGAUAGCCUUUCAACUUUACUUGCACUUGAGAACCAUCAUCAUGUCUCACCGCUCAUACUCAGUAUCCGACAUCCCCUUAUGCAACACCCUCAUUACCAUCUCAAUCUAGUCUGGGUUAAAGCCCAUGCGAAUAAUGAGGGCAACGAAGCUGCUGACACGUUGGCUAAAGAUGCAAUUUCCACCCCGACAGCCCAACCCAUCACCGUACCUGCGCCCUGCUCUUAUCUAAAGGGCCUUUUACGAGAGCAAGGAAUGCACCAAUGGCAACGUGAGUGGACCGAAUGCGAGACAGGCAGACGGACUUUCACCUACCUCCCGAAAGUUUCCACCGAUCGACUCUUUGCCGUAGCACAUCUCACCUACUUCAUCACGGGUCACGGCCCGUUUCCCAGCUAUUACAAUUGCCACGGAAUCUUAAAUACCGAUAUCUGUGUCUGUGGAUCAGAAGGGUCACCAGACCAUUACGUAUUUGAAUGUCCUUUGACGGCUGCACACCAUCUCUCGCUACUUACAAAUAAUAGGAACGCCUAUCACCGGUUCCUUAUAACGCAUAAAGGAGCGGUUAAUUCAAUCUCCAGCAUCAUGAAUACCAUCGCGGCAUUGGGCACAGACCUUUGCCUACCGUGCUAA